AACAUAUUAUUCAGUCGCUUCUGACAAGUAUCGUCACCGCCGUCUGUAUACGCGGUAUGUAGGUAUCCAUUAUAAAAUUAGUACGGUUUUGGUUCCCGGACGAUUCGAAUGCUACCAUUAAAAAGCCAUCAACCGUUUUCGCUCGACACAUAAUAGCUACAUUAUAAUAGUUGCCUACCAGCACUGUAGUAUAGGUGUAGACAUCUAGUGGCCUCACUCGGGCGAAGAACUGUCUUUCCGUUUCCCGAUCAAGAAAAAAGUAAAAAACAAUCGACAAACAUGAGCGAACCAUCGCCCAGAGGAAUCGAAGUGGACACGAGAUCCGUUAUACAAGAAAACGUCGCUCGAAGCGUGUACGUGAACAAACCGCACGUGGACACGGCAGUCUCGGCGAUCAACACGUCAUCCGUGCACUACGACCAAAGUUCGUCGGACUCGACCACCAUUUGCACUCUCAGCAACGUGCUGCCGCCCUUGGCUUACGACUACCAACACCAUCCACCUUUGACCAACGUCCAGAUCGGUGCGCCCGGGAUACCACAGCCUCCCGUGUACGGCACUCCCCGCGACGAACAUCAGUACUCGCCCACGGUGACGGGCGUCGGCCCCAACUGUUACAUGCAGACCGAGGUCAAGUCCAGCUCGAGGGUGCGCUCGUACGAAUCCGAGAGAGACUAUAAAAAAUCCGCUUGUGACAGAGAACGGACCAGAAUGCGAGACAUGAAUAAAGCUUUCGACCUGCUAAGAAACCGUUUGCCUAAGAGUAAGCCACCAGGGAAGAAACUAUCUAAAAUCGAGUCGUUGAGGAUGGCCAUACGGUACAUUCGACAUUUACAAGCGAUCUUGGAGUAUGGGCCAGAAUACGAGACAAAACUCUACACUGCACCAUCGUGUACCCAAUACCUACCGCCGCCGACGUACUACGGUUACCAGCCCCAAUAUGGUCAAUGUUGGAACGCUGCAGGUGAUUAUCCUCCGAACGUAAACAACCAAUAUUAGUUAUUAACAAAAACGUUCCAGAGCGUUAUGCUUACAAUCUUACAUAAUAAUUUUAACA